AGGAGCUGGAAUUAGUCCCGUUGAUAUUUGGGUCAAAUUGUUUUGGAUCGUCAACAUGGCAUCGAGUCUAUUGGCAGCGGCUCUGCUGCUUCCGGCGAUGUGCACCGCGUCCCCGACGUCUGCCUCGACCAUCCCUUACGCUGCGCUAAUCGCCACGUCAAUUGCGAUUCUCAUCGUGGCAUUUGUAGCCAAGAAGAAACUCCCGAGGCCUCAGGAAACCUCCUCGACGCUCAGCGUUCUACAGCGUGACGAGGUUCAAGAGCAACUGGCAGAGAAACAGAAGAAUCUACUACCAAUUAACGCUGUGGUGACACUAAAACAACCUCUCAACGGCUUUGACCACGGUUCAGUAGUAGGCUACGAUGAAGAUUCUGACAGCUACGAGGUGAAGCUCGCGAGCUCCGAGACCAACACAUUUAAAGCGUCACAACUGCAAUUCCCACAAGUCUCAGGAAUUUUUGUGUACCCCAUCAAGUCGUGUGCCGGAAUUGAGCUGAAGGAGGCUCAAUUGACACCCAAAGGUCUGCUGCAUGACCGAGAAUGGGUCAUUAUUGACGGAGACAGGGAUAAAUUCGUGACCCAGAGGCGAUAUCCCAAGCUGGCGUUGAUUCACCCAAAGGUGCUACCUGCAAUGGAUGUAGAGGCUACAAGUCUGGUGCUGACGGCCAAGGGAAUGCCCGAUCUGGAGGUGCCUGUGGUGCUCACGGGAGAGGGACAAUUGCGAGUCGUGAGCAUCUGGAAGGACAAAGUGGAGGCUAUCGACCAGGGAGACGCUGCGGCCAAGUGGUUGGAUGAGUUUAUGGGGGAGGACAAGUGUCGAUUCCGUCUCACACGAGUCAGAGAUGGAUACAUACGUCCCACCAAGCCAAAAUAUGCACCUGGAUACUCAACAAACUUUGCCGAUGCAUUCCCUUUCCUCCUGGCACUGGAAGAAUCGCUAGAGGAAUUCAACACGAAACUGGAAACGCCGGUGCCAAUGAACCGAUUCCGCCCCAACAUUGUGCUCCGAGGAAGCCCGGCGUUUGCAGAUGAGCGCUGGAACUGCAUCACGAUCGACGGAGUGCGUUUUCGUAAUGUGAGGCCUUGUGCGCGCUGCGGAAUGCCCAGUGUGAACCAGGAAACGGGCGAAGUCCACCCCAAACGUGAACCUUCUCGUGCUAUUGUUCGCGAACGCAAUGGUGCACUGUUGGGCUUUACCGACGGGAAAAAGUUUGAGGGAUACUUUGGAUCCAACAUGGUUGUGGAGAUCGAACAGAACACGGCACCGCUACAGUUGACAGUUGGCGCGAAUGUCAAGGUCCUUACCCUUAAAACGGAGGUCGUAGCCUAAAUGACUCCAGCAGGUAAAUCGGCAAAGAGAACUCACAAUAAGGAGAUAGCCAGUAUGUUUAACCGCUAUUCUAACGAAGAGCUAUUUGACUGUA